GAAGAGAGAGCUCUUUACACACAUCAUGGAGAGAGGGGCCAUUGCCGGUAGUUUCGUGGAGAGUCUUCACACGAUACUGCGGUGGUUGGUCGUUAGCUCGAAAACAGGAGAACACAAUAGGCACGUAGCAGGGUCUCUAUCAAGAAGGAUUUUACGAUACAAACAUGUGAUCAUAAGCCUAUACGAAUAAUGGAAUUCUCGACGAUCAAACUGAUAGUGUGGACAGUGACUCCCCUUAGAGCAGUGGAGGACUACGUCUCAGGAUGGGAUGCGGAGUUGAUUCAGCCUUCGUCGGCGCAAAGCUGGUAGUGCCGAGCCCUUGAGUGUCCGCCAGUGCUCCCUAUAUAAGGCAGGAUACCAACGCCAGUAGAAUCCCUCCGCUCGCCAUCAAGGUCCAAGGGGCGGUGGAACGUUCGCAAGCUCUCUUCAGUUCCUCGCAUAGCGUAGCCUCCACUGAUAAGCUGCGAUCUGGCCAUCUGACAUGACAAACUCAAGCUCUUCUUCUUGCUCCUGCCGUCCUGGGUCGCCCUUUCAGAUGGAUCGGGCAUGGGCAGGUCGAAGUCCCGGUCCUUCUGUUUUCUCUUCGACUGGGUGCGAUUGCUCGGCGUGCAAACUACAUUGUAGUAGUCAUGGUCGACCUGUCGCGUCUUCCAAGGUCGCAUACUGCUGCCCAUCAGACAAGCACCAGAGGUGAAUGGCUGAUGCAACUCUUGGUUCCAGGGCCAUUGGGUCUUUUGCUGAUACGAAAGCGCCGCGCUGGACGUAUCCAUUGCCACAGGUUUUGUCGCAACAUGAGAAUUGAUUGGAUACUCGCCGCCUCGAGAUGCAAGAGACAUCCUGGAAGGAACAAAUGUGUAGACAAGAGCAGCGUGAAGGACAAACCCCAUCCUCGUACUCCUUUUCACCUGUCAAGUCGAAUUGUAAACCCUCCACCGAUCCCCCCGUCUAUUUCUUGCCCCCUGCAGGGACUUUCUACCCUUACGUAAUGCGGAGGGGGAGGUGACGCCGCGCCGUGAGCGGCGGGAGGAACAUGACGGUUGUUGGCAAUGCGACGAGGAGGCGUUUCGCCUGGGGAGCGAUAGGACGGAUUCUUGCGAGUACUGGAGCGCCGCUGGUCAUACGACGACGGAGCCACAGCCUCCAUACGCUGUUUAUGUGCAAAAACAGUAGAUACCGUUUAUGACGCCACUGUCGUCUCUGGCCUACGUUGCCGUUGGCGUUAGCGGGGAGGUGGUCCUCCCUUCCAUUCCUCAGAUGCGGACGUCGACGGUUGCUACUUCCUCCUCCUGGUCCCGCUGACGGGGGACUUGGGCUUCUGAAAGCCAGACGCAGGCGAAAACCCGAAAGACGUCUUCGUGUCUCAUGCGCUCCUGAGUUCCUGCUCGCCUUUGUUCAGGUGUUGGUGGGACAUGGCAAUGCGCACCACGAUUAAGGACAGUCGGUGAGCGCUGGUGGUAGCCGUGUGUGGGAGUCGCAUGUAGGCUUUCAAAGCUGGGUCCGAGUGGCGGUUGGGCUGGGGACUGGCACAGUGUUUGGGACAGCACGGGCGACACCCUUGGAGGGCUUGCGCGGAAGGCGCCACAACCGCCAGAUUGAUGUGGCUAUAUGCGAUAGGCAAGGCCUUGACAGUCGAAUGUACAGUUGUGUCCUUGUGUGUGAAGAACCAACCUGUCUGGUCCCGGUCGUGGCCUUGGCCGAUGCUGCGGACACCGUGCGACUUCGCGAUUCUGAAAGGCGACAAAUUACAACUUGGCAGAAGUGAGGGCCAGUCAUUGUCCUGCACCAUCCAAAAGGCUGUCACACAUGACAGAUUUGAACCAGGGAUCUUUGAGAGCCUGCUGAGCUGCACAAGAUCUUACAUUCAGGCAAAGAAAGUGAGAGUGCAUCCGCGGUCGCUUCCUCACCAGGGAGUCUCUGCGAGGGGUCCAUGGCAAGCAUCCGCUUCAUAAAUGAUAGGGCCUCAGCAGACGCUUUACCGCGAUACCUUACACCAAAGCACCGACAGGCAAGUGACACUGCACUGGUUUUCUGGUCACAGUGCAACCCUCGCAUACAGCGAACCGGCCACACCUCUUCUCAAGGGUCUCUGGGCCGCCAAGAUCGGGAAACUGCAUCCCAAAGAAUCUUGGGUUUCGCUUGAAGCGGUCUUGCUGUGCCGGAGUCAGCGUCCCCAU